UACUUCUUCAAAAGAUUGACACACAUCAAGUUUGAUAAACGAUUUUGUGUCGUUCUGAAAGUUGGGAUAGGAUGACAAUGUUGUACAGAGUGAAUUACUCGGUUUCACUAACCUUUACAACAGUCGCAAGGUGUGCAAGCUCCAGUGACUAUGCAUCCAGCGGAAAGGGGUCGGAGGUUGAUCGACAAGCUGCUGGACAGCAGUGAUGAGGAGGUGCUGGAACUCCUGGAUGUUAAGCCGGGAAAUAUCGACUUCUCCCUUGACAAUAGGGGAGAUAACCCUAUUCAUCUUGCUGCCAGGGGUGGAAAACUAGAAAUUAUCAAAAAGAUGGUUCAGGCUGGCGCGUCGGUGAACCAACAAAACAAGGCUGGCGGGAAUACGGCAAUGCACUAUGCGGCGAAGUACGGAUAUUUAGACGUUGUACGGUAUCUACAGUCGAAAGGGGCUGAUCUAAAUCCCUACAAUAGCGAAGGUGAGACCCCUCUCCACAAAGCAGUUCAAGGUCAGUCAAUGGAAGUCAUUGAGACGCUUGUUGAGCUAGGCAUGGAUAAAAACAUUGCUAACAAGGUAAAUGGCGACACACCUUUGCACACGGCAUUGCAGGCUGGAGCACAGGAAUCGAUGGAAGCAUUGCUGAUCGUGGGAGCGAAAACAAACGUGCUUAAUAGGGACGGUAAGAAAGCUGAAGAAGUUGCAAAAAACAAUGCGAUUAAAGACAGUCUUCAGGUUUAUGCGACCUUGUUGCUGGCUAUGGAUUCAGGGUACGUUAUGGCAAAAGGUAUGAAACUUACAAAGAAAAUGGUUUCGAGACCAUAUAGAGUUGAUCGAGUGGGUGUUAUUAUUGAUCACAUCGACUUGCCGGGAAGGUUCCCCACUGGGUUUUAUUGUCGAAGGGAAAGGGCUGAAAGUGCAACAGUUACUCUUCAAGACAACACAGAGGAGUCAAUUUUCAGCGAUGUCUUUCACAUUCGUAUUUAUGAUGUCAACAGAGACUGUCAAGCCAAGUUGUAUCUGCCUAUUUAUAAAUUGCCAAGUGACAAAGAGGAGAUGCUGAUAAGGUUCAUAAACUGUAAUUUCAAGCCAAAGAGGGUAGAUGCAGUACAAAUAGACGAGGCCAGUAACGACUCGAACGAUACUACAAAUUAUUGCCCUUUGGAAGUCGACCUGAUUCCGGAGACUACUUGUAUAUGUGCAGUCUACGUUCGUGCGAAAAGGGAAACGUGUUGCAUUGGAGAAGACAAGGCUAUGAUAAAGUCUGAAAUGAAUGAGCAUUUCUCCCUGGACAUACCAAAAGGGGCAUUUGAAAAAGAAACUUCAUUGAGUCUGAAGGUGUACGAGACAAAUACAGAGGAUGAUAUGGUUAACAUUACUGAAAAUGAAGUCGCUAAAGAGCAGUCUGUCAAUGCAAAUAUAUUAACGGAUGUGUAUCAAAUAGUUAUAGACGGAAAUCAACCAAAGAAAGGAAUCACUUUGCAAAUACCCAUGAACAGAGAUCUUGAAGGUGAUAAUGAACUAGUUAUUGCAACUUUAAAUGAAAAGUCUCUCUCUAAUGAUGAGGAUGCCCUUGAAAUCAUAGACGUGCCACCCCAGACAAUCUCAGGGAGCCUGAUCGUUGAAAUAUCUCACUUCAGCAUUUUUGUUGCCACAUGGAAACUGAAGGUUGAGGCAGAAACAGACAAGCUGGAACUACAGAAAGAAAUCUGCGAUACAUUAAAGAAGAAGAAACCUGCGUCCUUCUUCGCUGUUGUCAAAAAGGAUAUUGGGGACGAUCAAGGUUUAAAACAUGUUAUGAUAGUGGAGUGUAAUGUAGCCAGUAAAACCCAGAAGAGGUUAGAUUCGUGGGUCGAAAAGGGGUUCGCAGCUCAGAACCCAAUGGAAACUGGCUCCUUUAUGAUGUGCCCCUCAGAUACCUUUUACGUUACGGUUGAGGGUAAUGCAAGUCUGGAGAACUCGGAUGGGAGAGAGAGAAAGAUACAAUUUUUUCCAUGUAGAAAUAGCUUUCAGCCGUACACUCUAACCCUAAAUCAAGGCAUAUAUGAUCCAGACGAGGCUUACUGCCAUGUCAUAAUAUCGCAGAAAAAAGGUAUUGAAACGGAGGAGGUAACUCGCCUACUGGUUAAGAUGACCCCUCCACCAAAACCACCAUCGCCAAGACUUCUGUCACCAAUCAUGUCGCCAAUUCCGGCACCAGCAACGUCUCCCCCACAAACGCCGCGUUCUGUUACCCUUUCAUCAUCCGUUGCUUCCUCCGGAAGUUGUGACUCACAGAGGCAACACAAAAGCAAGAAUGAAGUAAGAGAGCGUCUUAGAGUCGUUCUAGAUCGACAAAAUGAUCCAGAAAAAGUUUUCGUUGCACCGGAUAAACUCCCAGAUAUUGACGCUUGAAAGAGGAAACGGUAUCCCAUGAACAAUAACAUAUAUUUGAUUAUAUAUGCCGACAGAAUGUACAAAGAAUUUUAGUGAACAUUCCGUUUAGUCUGUGUUUAAUGUUAUAAUAUUUUAUGUAGUCAAUGAUUUAUUGAUUUAUUUUAUAAAUUCCAUAUAAUACUUUGUAUUGACAAAUACUAAUCAUAAGUAUAUUUGCACUAACAAAGUAUGCUUUCUUCAGAAAAAUAAUGAAAUGGAAUGCAAUUAAUUCACUACUAAUGUAGAAGUAUGUACGUAUAUAUACACACUUUUUGACAUUGUUUAGUAGAAGCUUUAACGUAGCUUUUUCCAGCAAACUUGUUAUGAGCGCGAGGACUUGCAUCAUGAUGACUUGUAUAGUUAUUGAUGAAAGUUUGGAUGAGUGUGAGGUUGUGCCCAUGUUAACUCGUGUUUUUACAAUUAUGUAUCUCGUUCAGUGUUGUUUGUGCUCUAACAGGGUUUAUAUUUUAUAUGUCGACUACUGAGCUUGAUCCAAUUACCA